GGCACUGGGGAACACUUCCCAACAGAACUGAUGUGCUGCAGCCCACUUGGUUUGUGUUAAUGUUAGUCACACUUUCACCAGCAGAAAUGGGCCAAUCAGAAAAGCCCUCCCUUCCAAAGUACACUGCUAAUGUUGAUUGCAAAUGGAUGAAAAAAUAACCCCAAAAAACAAAAAAUGUCUGUAAACCUGCAAAGAAAGACAUGGAUGUAGUGGUGGACAGCAAGGUGGCCAUGAGUCAGCAGUGUGCCCUGGUGGCCAAGAAGGCCAAUGGGACCCUAGGGCGCAUUAAAAAGAGCAUGGCCAGCAGGGUGAGGGAGGUGAUCCUCUCCCUCUACUCUGUCCUGGUGAGGCCACAUAUGGAAUUCUGUGUCCAGUUCUGGGCUCCUUGGUUCAAAAAAGACAGGGAUCUCCUAGAAGGAGUCCAGCAGAGGGCCACAGGGAUGAUGAAUGGCUUGAAGCAUCUCUUGUACGACGAAAAGCUGAGAGACCUGGGGCUGUUCAGCCUGGGGAAAAGACAACUGGGGGAGGAUCUUAUUAAUAAUGUUUAUAGGUAUGUAAAGGGAGGUGGGAGGCAAAUGGAUGAGGCCAGGCUCUUCUUGGUAGCAUGUAGCGACAGGACAAGGAGUAACGGCCUAGGACUUGAACGUAGGAAGGAACAUGAAGAAGUACUUCUUUUUGGUAAGGGUGACCAAACAGUGGAACUAGUUGCCCAGAGAGGUGGUAGAGUCUCCUUCUAUGGAGGAGCUUGUGUUGCUUAAAAGUUUGAUGCUUAAAUGUUUCAUGCCUGUACUUCCAAUUUCUUCUGCACACCUUGGAAGUCUGGGAAUUUCUGAGAAGAUGUAGAGAGCUUUUCCAGAACCACCAGGCUGCAGGCUUGGGAGAGCAGGACAGAUCAGAUCCCACCAGAAGGGGCCAAGCUGUGGACCAGGGGAAUGGGGAGAGGCAGGGCUGCAGCCAUAUCCGUAGCAUAAGGCUACAUUGGGGAGUAUCACCCAACAGUGUGCUACCAAACAGGCAGACAGACUUUCUUAUUCUGUUUAGUUGUCUUGUCGCAGAUUCUGGCUUGUUGUUACCUCACUGAAAGGCAAACAGUGAAGAGAUAAAUGGGAGGCAUGGACGGGCACUCAGCAAGGUUCAGCCGCUUGAAGCAGCAUUUUAGUUUGGAUUUGAUAAGGCUGGAAAUGUUAUCUUUUAUUUUAUUUUAUUCCUAUAAGUGGCUGUGUGUGUAUGAAAGAGAAUGAGAGAGAGAGAGUAAGAGAGAGAGAGAGAAUGCAGCAAUAAAACAUUCAUCAUGAAGCACAAAAUGCUCCUUGUAAACCCUCAAUGGGAGUAAAUGCAAUAAAUAAACAGCUGCAUGGUAACAGGAAGCGGUGGACAAUGCUGUUGCAAAUUUGUGACGAUUGCUGUUCAUUACUCAAUGUCUGUCUAAAUUAAGGCCACAUUUCAUUUGCAGUGAAAUGUCCUGCCUCCCCUCCCCUCCCCUUUGCAUCAUAUUUUACACUCUGUGUGUGUAUGUUUUCCCCAUGUCUUUCUGUUACUUAUACUGAUUGGUUGAAGCAAGGGUCUUAUCUUCAUACAGUGCUAUACAGUGACGGAUUUAGCAUGAUUUACUUUUUAAUAAAAUAUUUAAAAGCUG